AUGUAUCACUCGCUCGCCUACUCCGUGCUCGCAUUCUCCCUAUUCUCACUAGUCCUCUGCGCACCUAUCCCAAUAUCCACGGUCAAAGGCGCUGAGCUACCAGCUGCAAUCCCGUCAAUCAGCGACCUCCUCCAAACUCUCCCCCUCCCACUCUCCCAAAUUUCCCCAGACGUCGAUCCCCUUUUCCUCCUCCCAGUACCCCUCAACUCACUGAAUAAGGAGGGUGAUGGUUCAUCUAACGACUCCCCGGAAUACCUGGAGGACGUCACGGAUGUGUUGUUUCCAGAGUCUGAAGAGGAGGAGGGAGCGGCGAACAAGAACCUUAUCGUGAUUAACCCGAAGAUCACGACGCCCAGGCAGGAUUCGUAUUGGACGAAGGGGUCGAGGCAGAUUGUUACUUGGGAUACCGACAAGAUUCCUCUAGAAAAAGCGACUGCCACUGGGCUCAUUCUCUUGGGAUAUUCGACACCUGACGAUGACAGCGAGCAUCUCGACAUUGCUUCGGGUUUCCCCCUGACCGAUGGUUCAAUAGAAGUGACGGUCCCAGCAGACGUCGCUUCUCGAGACAACUAUUUUAUCGUUUUGUUCGGCGAUUCCGGAAAUGUGUCUCCGAAGUUCACCAUUGACUCCGAGUCGGUGAAGAGCAUUGCAUCCAGUGCUGCCGGCCCUUCACGAUCUGUUAUUUCAUGA